AUGGACGGUGGCCGCAUCUCACAGCCGUUGCUGCCGGCAACACCGCCACGACGAACCACCCAGCAGUCGACAACAACCCCGACACCGCCCUCGCUGAGACGGUAUCCGCUGCAGAUGCCGCCGAACCACUUGCCGCUCCCUCUGUCUCUGCCAAUGUCGCUUCCCAUGUCCAUGUCUACGGCUACGCCCAUGGCGAUGCCUUUGUCGAUGCCUCUGUCCAUGUCCCUGCCUCUCCCCACGGAGACGACGGCCACAGCGUCGCACGACGCGUUUGGUGGGCACAUGUACGACAAGCAAGAGAGCAGCGGAAACAGCAGCGGAGACGGCAGCGGAGACAGCAACGGAAGUGCUUCCAGCAACGGAAAGGACUGGGGAAACAGCUUGGACCUCGCCAACCAUGUGCAUGUGGCCGACAUUGGCGCGGGAAUGGGCCUGGAUGUGGGCCUGGACACGGCCAUGGACAUGAGCUUUGACGAUAUCGACAUGGACGCCCUAAUGCACACGGCGCUGCCAGCGUACAACCACACAGACCACAGCUCGACGUCCGCCGUCACGCGCCACUCUCCGUUCCUCUUCAACGAGCCGGGCAUGCUUCUCGACAACGGUGCCUCGUCUGCCUCGCCAUACGGCGAUCCGCCCAGCAGCUACGCAACCGGCUACACUUUGACCGGCUACCCGUUCGACACGUCCAUGGCGCCCAUGACCUUGUCGUCUGCUUACACGGGCCUCUGUUCACUGCCGCAAGCCGUGCAAGCCGCAACAGCCGCCAUGGAGAACACUACCAAUGACCGCAGCAACCACCAUGUAAACAACAACAGCCCGCCACUGACACGCAGCCGUGCUCGCCACGUCCGCAGUGCGCACAGCACUCACAACACGCACAGCACGCACAGUGUCCGCUCGGCUUCGGAUCCCAUUCCGUCCACCAAAUGCCGCCAUGGCCAGAGCCACACGCGCGGCGGCAGCCUCGACAGCGCCUACGAUGUCGACGACGACGACGACGACGACGACGACGACUGUUAUAACGAGACCCGCGGCAUGGCCGACCUUGACACGAUGCAGGAGAUGCAUCCCGACCAAAUCCAAGAUCGUGCCCUGUCCGACACCCGCCCCGCCGUCGCCACCCACAUCAACAUCAACGUCAACGGCCCCCCACCGACCGAACCGGCCGACUGGCGCGCCCGUCUGCGCUACUGCGAGCAGGCCAUCCACAAAGCCAGCCUGGACGCCAGCCUCGUCCGCCUGCUCGAGUUCCCCGAAGGCCUCGACGCCGCCGAGCUCGAGGCCCGCCGCGCCGCCAACCUGCGCUUCGACCGCGUGCGCGAGCAGCGCCUCAAGGACCGCAACAACGAGGCCGCCAAGCGCAGCCGGCAGCGCAAGGUGGCGCGCAUCGAGGCCGCCGAAGAGACCAUUGCGGUGCUGCAGCGGGAGCGGGCGCAGCUGGCGGGCGAAGUGCAGCAGCUGCGGCGGCAGCUCGCCGCGGCAGAGCGGCGGGGGCCGUCGUCGAUGCCGUCGCCGGCCAGACGCGUCGCAAAAGGACGCGCCGCCUCGGCGCUCACGACGCUCACGACGCCCACGACGCCCACGACGCCCACGACGCCCAAGCGGCGCAGAGGCAGCGGCGGCAGCCGAAGAGGAAGCCAAUCGAGCAGCUCGUCGAGAGGACAGCGCAAGGCAUCGCGGGGACACAAUGCUGAUGCUGACGGCGACGACGAUGGCGACGACGACGACGACAACGACGACGACAACGACGACGACAACGACAACGAUGAGGGAAACAACAGUUCUCGUCGCGGCAGCUCGAUCGUGGUCGGCAUGUUCGCUUAG